UAUUAAUACUUCUACCCUUAAAGCAAUAUCUGAGUUGAUCCCAGUGAAUUUACAUACUUGGUCCGAUACGUACUCUUUGGUCAUAUUGGUAGUAACGGAAAAGACCACAAACAUGUCAGUUGGUAUAUCCAUCUUAAAAUACAAACAAUCAUCCUAUUUCUAUAUAGAAGGUGCUUGAUUUGCAGAUCAUCUAGUCCUUUAUCUUCUUGUCAGGUUAGGUUUGCUUUAAGACAAUCAACAUGCGUGAGAUCGUUCAUCUUCAAGCUGGGCAGUGCGGUAACCAGAUCGGAGCAAAGUUCUGGGAGGUGAUCUCCGAUGAACAUGGCAUCGACCCUACCGGUACCUACCAUGGUGAUUCUGAUCUCCAACUCGAGCGCAUCAACGUCUACUAUAAUGAGGCUACCGGUGGCAAGUACGUUCCAAGAGCAGUGCUCGUCGAUCUCGAGCCAGGCACCAUGGACUCGGUCCGAUCAGGUCCAUUUGGUCAGAUCUUCAGACCAGAUAACUUUGUCUUUGGUCAGAGUGGCGCUGGGAACAACUGGGCCAAGGGACAUUACACAGAGGGCGCUGAACUGGUUGACUCUGUUCUUGACGUCGUGAGGAAAGAAGCUGAAAGCUGUGAUUGUCUCCAGGGUUUUCAACUGACUCACUCUCUUGGCGGAGGCACUGGUUCUGGCAUGGGAACCCUUCUGAUCAGCAAGAUCCGUGAGGAAUACCCAGACCGCAUCAUGAACACAUUCAGUGUGGUACCGUCUCCUAAGGUGUCUGAUACUGUUGUAGAACCCUACAACGCAACUUUAUCCGUCCAUCAACUGGUCGAAAACACGGAUGAGACGUUCUGCAUCGACAACGAAGCCCUCUACGACAUCUGCUUUCGUACUUUAAAGCUCACCACACCCACCUAUGGUGACCUGAAUCACCUUGUAUCUGCAACCAUGAGUGGUAUCACAACUUGUCUUAGGUUUCCUGGACAAUUGAACGCAGAUCUGCGUAAGCUAGCAGUCAACAUGGUUCCCUUUCCUCGUCUCCACUUCUUCAUGCCAGGCUUUGCACCUCUGACAAGCCGAGGUAGCCAGCAGUACCGGGCCCUCACAGUUCCAGAACUGACCCAACAGAUCUUUGAUGCCAAGAACAUGAUGGCUGCCUGUGAUCCUCGUCACGGACGCUACCUGACGGUUGCUGCAAUAUUCCGAGGGCGUAUGUCAAUGAAGGAGGUUGACGAACAGAUGCUCAAUGUACAGAACAAGAACAGCAGUUACUUCGUAGAAUGGAUCCCUAACAACGUCAAGACCGCCGUAUGUGACAUCCCUCCCCGUGGUCUGAAGAUGUCCGCCACCUUCAUCGGUAAUAGCACCGCAAUCCAGGAACUCUUCAAGCGCAUCUCUGAGCAGUUCACCGCUAUGUUCAGACGAAAGGCGUUCCUUCACUGGUACACUGGUGAGGGUAUGGAUGAGAUGGAGUUCACUGAGGCUGAGAGCAACAUGAAUGAUUUGGUUUCUGAGUAUCAGCAGUACCAGGACGCCACCAUUGAAGAAGAGGGCGAGUUUGGAGAGGAGGAAGAAGAGGGGGAUGAUGAACGAUAUGUCCAAGAACGGGAUUAGCGUUAUUCCGUUGGAUUUUGUAUGAAAAUUAACCCAUCAUUUAGUUUAGGCAAAUCUGAAUGAGUGAGCGAAAAAAAAAUCGAAGGGGCACUGCAUGAUGCAUGGUGCAACUGCAAGCGAGAUAGAUAGAUUUUGACAUUUAUCAGAACACAUUUCGUCCUUUUCCCUCUAGGCUUACAUUUCUCUCUUUUCUCUAUUUAUUACUUUACUUUUUUAUUAUUCGUGGAACCUUUGGGGUCCAGAUCGAGCCAUUCUUCGAUAUCAUUCAACCAAUGCAUAAGAAAAGUAGGUUUAAAAAUUAACAAACGAAUACUCAUUAACAAUAGAUAUUCGUGCACCUUAUAGAAAAGAAGAAAGUAAAACAAUGCGGUAUUGCUUAAAGUGAACUUUUUUUAAAAUAGAAAUUUUGCCGAAUACUUCAUGUCUGCCCCCCAUGUUUUGACACACUGACACAGGUAAUAAUGUAAUAUUUUUGUAUUUAUAACGUCGAUCCGAGUUCGGUUUUAUUGGUGUAUGUGCUAUACACGGGCCAUCUAUUUAGUCAUGUACUACUUGAUGUCGUGAAUAAUAUGACUUAUUGUUUUUCACCAUUAUUUCCUCUCAUUAUCAAAUCUAGGUCUAUAUGCUACCGUAGAACCAACUGCAAUCAUCCGAAAUGCUCCAGUAAAAAACUCUCGACAAUCUUGUUGGAAGUUUCUGAGAAGUGAGCAGUACACAUAAUUUGCUCCCAUAAUGAUUUGGAGAUGUAAAAAUGCUUCUUUAAACAUGUUAAACAGCUUCUCGCAAUUUUCCGGGAAAGUCUCUGAGAAAGUAUACAUAACCAAUAUUUUUUUUGCUCCCAAAAUAUCUUGUAGAUGUAGAAAUCCUUGUUCCAUAAUUGAACAUUGUAACCUCAGAACAAAAAGGACCUUAAAAGUGAAAAACAAAAUUAGCCAUAAAGAAUGAACUUAAUUAGAAAACAUCACAACAAAAUAAUGGAUGUGAGACAUGCAUUAUAAAUCGCAUAUUUUUACGUGUUGUUUGGGGAAUUAGGGAAAUUGAGGUUAUGAUUAAUUCAUCUUUUAAUAUUUUUGUUCGAAACAAAACACACCCAAAUAUGUUCCCAUGGUCACGUUUCUAUUUUGCAUAGAUAUUGGAUAUUAUACCUUUUUAUACCUUAUAUUACCUUACCCAUAUGUCAAACUACAUUUAGAACCUAAAUGCAUGUUAUAUUUUUAGUGAAAGCCAGAAUAAAUAAGGUUACGAAAAAGACAA